UAAACAAAGUGCAAGGAAAAAGGAGAGCCGGUCAAAAGCGUAAGAAGGGAAGAAGAAGAAGCGGGGCCCAUAGGCAGAGAGUCCAUUUCGAGACCUCUCUUACCUACCAACGGCUACCAUUCACCGUGCGGAUCCUGUUUCCGUGGACGAGCAACGACUCCUCCCUCCAAUCUCGUCCAUCCCCUCCUGUUCUUAUUCCUUCUCCGCCCCCUCCCCCAACACUGCUCUCCAUUCUUCCUUCAGCAGCUCCUCACGAUGAAGCCAGCACUGGCGCUUCUCCUCCCUCUCUCCCUCCUCCUCCUCCUCCUCCAUGCCUUCCCCCGUCCUGCCACCGCCCUCUGCGUCCCUCGCAACUCUUCCAACCCGAUCAACCUCGCGGCCCUCCCGCCACCUUCCGUCACUACCACCUCAAGCCCCGCGACGCCCUCACCAGCCCUGAAAUCGCCUUCAUCGCCCUCAAAUCCGUCACAGCUGCCGCCUUCCAAUACCACCCCAACCCCUGCGACACCCUCACCACCCUUGCAAUCGUCGUCACAGCCGUCGCAGCUGACACCCUCACCACCUGCCUUUUCGCAGCCCGCGGCCGCGGUCUCCACCCAAUUAUCCGCCCGCCACCCGCUUCUCAACCUGCUCCCCUUCGCCGGCGCCGUCAGCGCGCUGUGCGGCCACACGGACUACCCCGACGUGUGCGCCUCGUCGAUCCAGCCCCUCCCGCACCCGCCCGGCCUCGCCGGCCCUGCCGCCCUCCUGAAGCUGCAGCUGCAGGCGUGCCGGGAGCAGGCGGAGAAGGCGCAGGCGCACAUCGCGGCACUCGUCAGCCUCCCCGGCACGAAGGCGCGGGAUGCGAGCAGCCUCCAGGACUGCGACGACAACUACGACGACGUGAUCGACAACCUCGACGAAGCCGCGGCUGCCUUGGAGUCCAGGGACAAGGGUACGCUCAAAACCAUGCUCAGCGCCCUCGUCACCGACUUCUCCACCUGCGACGACGGGUUCGCGGAGAUUGCCAAGGUCUCGCCGCUGGCGGUCAUCGACGAGAUGCUCACCAAGUUGGCAAGCAAUUGCCUGGCGAUCGCGGCCUUGGUCUGAGCGGACCUCCCUGCUUCGGAGUCUUCUUCCUGCUCGUUCUCGUCAGUCCGUGCGUGCGCACGCGCAGUUCCAUUAGUUCCGAGUAGUGCAUGGAGAAGAGCUGAGCCCCGAUGAAGAAGAUGAAGCCUCUUCGCUGUUGUAAUUGCGUAGUGGGGUUUUGUUGCUCUCGUUUCAUGAGGGCUACCUGCGGAUGGUAACAUGUUUUGCCACAAUACAAUUGUAGUUGA